CUCCGGAACUUCACAAUGUGACACCGGCGGAAGUAAACAACGACGGGGCGCUAGGUUUGUUAGCUUUACUGAUGUUUGGAAGUUUUUAAAGACGACUGUGUUGUCUCGCAGGUAAUAUUUCAGGAGUUUAGGUAGUAAUGUCGUCAGUUCAACAUUUAGGUGACAAACGAGACACAAACCGCUGCUGCUGAAAAAAACAUCGUCCAGUACGAAGAAGAGAUGGAUCAUAACAUCUGGAAACCACAGCUAGCAUUACACACAGCAGACCUUCCACAGGAACAUGUCUCUAAGGAGGAGGAGGUUCUUGCUGACCAGCAUCACUGUGACCUGGAGAGGAACUCCAGUCUGGACCAGGGGGACCCAGAACCUUCACAAAUUAAAGACGAACAGGAGGAACUCUGCAUCAGCUUUAACCGAGAGGACCUAGAGCAUUCGCAGAUUAAAGAGGAACAGGAGAAACAUUGUUCCAGUGUAGAGCAGGAGGACCCAGAGCCUCUGUGGAUUAAAGAAGAACAGAAGGAAUUCUGCACCAGCCUGGAGCCGGAGGAUCCAGAGCCUCUUUGUAUUAAAGACGAACAGGAGGCACAUUGCAGCAGUCUCGAGCAAGAGGACCUAGAGAUUCCACAGAUUAAAGAGGAACAGGAGGAGCUUUGUAUUGGUCAGGAAGGAGAGCUGUUUGUUGUGAAGCUGGAGACUGAUACCUUCAUGGUGACUCCUAUUUAUGAGGAAAGUGACCACAGUGAACCAGAACCAAACAGUGACCAGCUCCCGUCUUACAUCUGUCCUUUAGGUCAGAGCCCAGAUGAAGAAGGAAGCAAGCAUGUAGAUAAUUUUCCUGUGUCAGAGACUCACUGUGGUACUGUUGCAGGCGAAAAGAAAGUAAAAUGUGAUAUUUGUGGAAAAGCUUUUAAGGAUAGUUACCAAAUGAAGAAUCAUUAUAGAGUUCAUACAGGUGAGAAACCAUAUGAUUGUGAAAUAUGUGGCAAAAGCUUCAGUCGAAGUCGAAGUUUGUUGCACCACAUGAGAACUCAUUCAGGUGAGAAGCGAUAUUCUUGUGAAACAUGUGGGAAAAGUUUCCGCCUAAGUUCUAAUUUGUUGUGCCACAGGAGAACUCACACAGGUGAGAAGCGGUAUUCUUGUGAAACAUGUGGGAAAAGUUUCCGUCAACGAGGACAUUUGCUGUGCCACAUGAGAACUCACACUGGUGAGAAACGAUAUUCUUGUACUGCAUGCGGCAAAAGUUUCAGUCAAAGUGGUAAUUUGUUACUCCACAUGAGAACUCACACAGGAGAGAAGCCAUAUUCUUGUGAAACUUGUGGGAGAAGUUCAGUCGAAGUGAUAAUUUGA